CUUCAGGAAUCAAAACUACUUGUUGGAUAUCAGUCCUGUUCCUGUGCUGUCUCUCAGGGUCAACACUGGUUACCUGUGAGCAGCUUUACUUCUUUUGAGUGCAGAGUGGGCCUUCUGCUCCUGACCCAGCAGGAAGCUCAUUUCUGGGCAAAAAGAGCAUCAUUUCAUGAGCCUGCAGUGCUGGAAACUUGCUGCACCUCGUAUACACCAAGCUUUCUCUUGUGUGCUGUCUGAAUUUGAUGGCAAAGGCAGUGCUAUCUUAAUUUUAUUUUCCACUUGUAUGUGAAAAGUGUUGUUUUAGUAAGUGUAGAUGAUAAAAGGCAAAGCCCAGGAUUUUGGCAGUUGUUUCUGCAUUUUAUUUUCAGAGCUCCAUCUUGGUUCCACAUGCUCUCAGUGUUCUGGAAUUGCUAAGCUCUGCCCUGAUUUCCUCACUUCUUUCUGACUUAUCAGGAGUUGUUAGUGUUUCUCUUCUUUAUCUCGGCAGUUGGUUCAGCUGAAGUGUUUUUGCUCUCUGGUCUGUUGGGUUUUUUUAUUCUGUGGAACUUUCUGCCACUGUUCUGCAAAAGUAUUCAUUUGCUUUCUGUUGUUUGAAAUGUAUGUUCAGAAUGACAUCUUGUUUGAGGGCCUUUGCUUUGAAACACUCUGGGGUAGUGAAAAAGCUGAAUCGAUGUUUAACACUCCCCUUGUUAAAAUGGCAUUUAAAUUUUACAGCGCUUUUCACAGAACACUUCCAUAGGAUACAAAACUUUCUUCCAGAUUUGCAAGAGUGGUGCAUGUUUCAGGAUAACUUUUGAGUUAAAGAGGACUGGGGGUUCUUGAUUUUAAAACUUAUGGUAGGUUUAUUAAAAAGCUAAUAAGAACCUAAAUGUGCUGUUCAUGACAGUGGCAAUAAAAAGCCACAAUAGCAGGGAAACAAAUCCCAAAAUUCAUGAUGCCACUUGGAAAACUAGAAAAGUUUGUUCCUUUUUACUGUUUAUAAGAUGGAGAUGAGUGUAUUGGACCUGUGGUAUCAAAGCCUUUGGUGUGAUCACAAAAGGAAGCUUGUGCACCUGCACAAAAAGAGAAAGCCAAACAAACCUGACAUAAUGAAGCUCCAUGUAUAAUGCAAAUAGAUGACUUUCAUUUCACUGUCUUAGGGUGUCUUUUUCCUUUAAUGAUGGGAUUCACUGACAGUUUUUGCUUCUGCUUUUGAGCUUGCAGACUUGAGUGAUGAAAUAUUUAGGAUGAAAAUUUAGUUUGUGUUAUGCCUUACUUCCAGCUAGUUUUGAGUAUGGAGAAAUUGGAUACCGACUGGCAUGGAAACUGUUUUUCAACUUUGAAUUCUUCUAGGAAAAUGAGGUGGAGUGGGUUGGAUGAGUGCUGUGUGUGAAGUGGGUUCAGUUUGUGCUUGAAGGAGCUGGGCUAAGAGGACUGCCUGUUCUAGCUGCUGUUCCUGUGUCAUUUGAGACAUGGAAUUGGAGCGAGGCUGGCUGGGGCCGUGCUGCCAUGGCACGUCAGAGCUGCUGAAGUCACAGUUCGUGGAAAGCGCUUGGACACGCAGCUGUGCUGUGCUUCUCUUUGAGGCAUGUUCACUGCAGCCUGGGCAGGGAAAAUCGCCUCUAACCACCCAAAGCAAACAAGUCAGUGCUUCUGGCUUCCAUCCUGAGUCACUCCUUCAGUCCAAGGGUUUGAUCAGUUCUGUAGACUGCGAGUAGGCAAGGUGCUCUACCGGUUGGAGUAGCUAAUUAAGAUGAGGGUAUGAAUCAUAAAUGAGAAGUUGGCCUUCUGCUGAGGACAUCUCUGGAACACCCACGCUGCCAUCCUCUUUUUUUCUGUUUAUCCAGAGUGCUUUUUCUGGGGAGAAUCCUGUAGGCCACAAGUGCUGUGCAAUAUGGAGAUAGGCUGUGUUACUGUUGAAGGUACUCUUCCACUCAUCAAGAUGGAAAGCUCAGAUUCUAGUGACAAAGGAAGUAUUGAUCAAUCAGAAGCCCAACGGCAGAGCCAGCUGGAUCGGUUAGAUCGAGAAGAAGCUUUCUAUCAGUUUGUGAACAACCUGAGUGAAGAGGACUACAGGCUUAUGAGAGAUAACAAUUUGCUAGGAACACCAGGUGAAAUUACUGAAGAAGAGUUGCUGAGAAGGCUACACCAAGUUAAAGAAGGUCCGCCACAGCAAAACAGUGAUGAGAAUAGAGGUGCAGAGUCCGCAGAAGAUGUUUCAAAUGGAGAUUCUAUAAUAGACUGGCUUAAUUCAGUCCGACAGACUGGAAAUACAACACGAAGUGGGCAGCGAGGAAACCAGUCCUGGAGAGCAGUGAGCCGGACUAACCCAAAUAGCGGCGACUUCAGAUUCAGUUUGGAAAUAAAUGUCAACCGUAAUAAUGGGAACACGAAUCCAGAAACUGAGAAUGAGCCAUCUGUAGAGCCUUCCAAUGGGGAGGAUUUGGAAAACAGCCAAAGUGACUCUGAAAUUCCAAGGUCUGAAUCACCAUCUGUAAGGCAGCCUGGAUCAGAAAGGAGCAGUGCGGAGGAGCUGACAGCUGAGGAGGCUUCCCCUCCUAGAGGGCAGAGGAGAGCCAGGAGUAGGAGUCCAGAACAGCGGCGGACGCGGGCUAGGACUGAUAGAAGUAGGUCACCUAUUAAUGCAGUGAGUGAGGCCCCUCGCAGGUCUCAUCACAACACAUCAUCUCAAACACUCGACCACUCCUCAGCGAGCGAGGCUGAGGGCAGCUCUAGAACCAGGCAGCACGUGACGUUAAGGCAGCACACAGUGGGGACUGAGGUGCCAAGCGAAAACGCAGUUCUGUUUUCCCCCCCUGAAACCAGGCCUGCUCCUCAAGCAGCAGGUUCUUCAGAAACCACCAGCACCAGUGAGUCCACGGCUCCUGGGCAGAGGCCUCCCACCAUAGUGCUUGACCUGCAGGUGAGAAGAGUUCGCCCGGGCGAGUACCGGCAGAGGGACAGCAUAGCCAACAGGACCCGCUCGCGGUCCCAGACCCCCAACAACACGGUCACCUACGAGAGCGAGCGCGGAGGCUUCCGGCGCACCUUCUCCCGCUCCGAGCGCGCGGGGGUGAGAACUUACGUCAGCACCAUCAGGAUCCCCAUCCGCAGGAUCCUGAACACGGGCCUGAGCGAGACCACGUCCGUCGCCAUCCAGACCAUGCUGAGGCAGAUCAUGACAGGCUUCGGGGAGCUCAGCUACUUCAUGUACAGCGACAGCGAUGCAGAUUCCAGCGGCUCAGCUCCCAGUCACAACGUGGAGACUUCCGAGCCGCAGAGCGGAGGCGGGGCCGCCUCGGGCAAUGAGAAUGCAGAUGUUAGCUCAGGGGAGGUGUACGAGGGUGGGCACGAGGCUAGCUCAACAUCUGGUGCCAGGCGGGAAGGCCGGAAUAUGAGGGGAUCGGUCACUUUUGAAGAAAGUGGUUCUCUACCAUUCCUUAGCCUUGCACAAUUUUUCCUACUCAACGAAGACGACGAUGACCAACCAAGAGGACUCACCAAAGAACAAAUUGACAACCUAGCCAUGAGGAAUUUUGGUGAGAGCGACGCUCUGAAAACCUGCAGCGUGUGCAUCACAGAGUACACGGAGGGCAACAAGCUGCGCAAGCUGCCGUGCUCGCACGAGUACCACGUGCACUGCAUCGACCGCUGGCUGUCGGAGAACUCCACCUGCCCCAUCUGCCGCAGGGCCGUCCUUGCCUCUGGCAACAGGGAGAGCGUGGUCUAAAGCAGAGCUGGGCCAGUGGCCAGGCAGCUGGUGUGAUAGUGAUGGGCAAAGAAGUCACUUCCUUUAUGGCCACUUUUUGAGUGGUACCUCAGUGUAUAGUAAUGACUCGGAGUGAAUCUUCCCUCAUGAAAGCAUUUUCUCUGGAUUCAAGCUUUGGGAAUUGGAAAAUUUCUUUAAUUAGGUUUUUCGAGUUCUAGUCGGUUUGGGUGUUCAAUUUCACUUGUCCAAAGACAACUCCCCAUUUCAAAAUAUUUUUUUUCUUUGUGAAGAUAUUAAGUUCUUUCUCCUUCCCAGCCCUUGCCAUCCCAGUCCAAUAAACAAUUUGUCCUCAAGAUUGUGCUUCUGAGGAGUUAUUUGAGAAGUUAUCCCAGCUCAGUGUCCAUGAGUCAUAGAGGAAUUUUUGCAAGAAAUCCAACUCUCUGAAAAAAUAAUAUUAAUUUAAUUGCACAUUUGAACAUACUUUUAAUUUUCCUCAUGGGUUAAUAUUGGACAUGUCUGUGUAAAUAACACUAAUGUUAGCCCUUUCCCCAUCACUAUGGCACGCUGUAGGAUGAGCUGUUAGCGUAAUUGGGAUAUUUAUCUUGUUGUGGAAAUAUAAGAAUUGCCUAUGCUUGUUUAAAUAAAGGAAAAAAAAAAUCUGUUUUAAAAUUGUAAAGCUUUUUUGUAGAAGCUCAGUACUUUUCCAAUGCACUGUUGUACUAACGCAUUAAGAAUUAAAAUUGUACCAUGCUUAGAAAUCAAGAACGCUUUUCAUACAAACCCAACUACACAGAGAGCAAACUGAACACGAGAGAGCUGCUUUUGUGACUGUGUACCUGUCAGGAGCAGUGCAUAUCUGUACUAUUCAUGUGAACAGCUACUGUAACAUAAAAACAGUUGGAUUAGACAUUUAAUUGCAUUUUAAAAAUCGGAAAUUAAAUGUUAUAGUUGCAGUGUUUCGGCUCAGUAAUGCCACCAAAAAAAAAAGAUGAUAAAAAUUAGAAACCA